AUGAAGUUGGUGACUGCAAUAAUACAUUGGUUAUCUGAAUUUCCAAAAAGUGUGGUUUCUGCUGACUGCAAUUUAAGUCAAUUUGUUACCCCUUUUAUGAUCUACAAUUUAUUUAAGUUUCUAUUUAAUGAAGUUGAUUUUAAUGUCCCCUUUGAAAUGCUGUUAGAUGAACUAUUUCAAUUGCCAUAUUGUGAAUUGCCCUAUAGUUUUGCCAAUCAAUUCAACCAAGUUGGAUCACAUAACAUCAUCAGUCAAAUCCGUAUUCUUGAAAUGAUACUAGCAAAUCAUUUUCAAAAUACAUUGAACAACCCAGAUCAAAUUCCUGACAUCAAUUUGCACAGAUUAAUCUUGCACCAAAAUGCUACUGAAAUUACCAAAUAUUGUAAAGCUCUUGUUCUAAUUGGGACAUAUACAUCAAAAUUGUCAACAGUCGGAUUAACAACAAUAGAGUUCCUUGCAGAUGAAGACAAAAACAUGUUGGAGGACAUCAUGGCACAGCGGCAAAGAUCCUACAAUAAAGAGAUAGUCCCUUAUUUCCAAUCGGAUAUCGAAAAUAGAAGCAAUGAUGCUGAGGUUGCAUCUUCAGAUCAAGCUUCCAAUAAUGGAAGUGCCCCAGAUUAUAUUGAUCAAGACGAUUUAAAACUCCUUCGUUGGAAAGUCAGGCUUUAUGAAGGUGUUAUAUACACAUUGACAAUGCUGAAGGAACCGAAUUGA